GCAAGUCAACUCUGUUCUUAGGUUAUUAAGUUUUGCUUUUCUUCAAUCUAUCCAUAAUUUCUAUACAACAGAUCGAUCGUUCAAUUAGCAUAUUUAGGUUUUAUUCAUCAUGAUUAUGAUCGCAGGUUAUUGUUGUAAUUCCUGGAGAUAAACUAACUGGAGAGAAAUUGUUUCAGUUGGAGAACGAACCAGGAAUCUGUUGGAGAAUCGGAGUCACUGUGCCCAAGGCCAGGACGCGUGACAAAUACAAAUUUAGGCUUUUACUAUAAUAAUAAUCAUCAUAUAAGGAUGACUCGUGUUCGUGUUGUUGUUGUUCAGAGAAGCUCUGAUUCUUCAUCUUCAUCAUCAUCUAAUAGUGCAAACAGGUCGAAUUCGGGUUCAACUCCGAGUCAUGAAGCUCAAGAACAUGAUCUGUGUGGUGACCUAUCAUUAGAAAUUGUGGAAACUUGUGAUAAGAGUGGAGACGAGAGUGUUGCGCGUGUGGAGGACGAUAAUUUGUUAAGGAUUGCGGGUCUGAGAGUGAUUGAUGAGGGGGAAGAAGAGAAUGGUGUUUUAAAGAGUGAUGAUUGUGCUUUGCAGGGUAGCGGAGGUGGUUCGUAUCCGCCAGCGCCGCCUGCUCCUCCGCCGAAACCUUCUUCAACGAAAUAUAAGUCGGGGAGCAGAAUUGGAUCACCAAAGUCUCAUGGGGAUAAUGAGGGAUAUAACAGUGCUGAUGAACAGAUUCCUUGCUAUGGAUCAUCGUAUGAUAAUACUGAAAGGGAUCGUCAGUUUGAGAUUGAUAUUAGACGCGUAAAAGGUUUUGAAGUGAAAAAUAUGAAUGAAGAUGGGAAUUGCCUGUUUCGUGCUGUUGCAGAUCAAGUGUAUGGUGAUUCUGAAGCUUAUGAUUUGGCUAGACAAAUGUGUAUAGAUUACAUGGAACGUGAAAGAGACCACUUCUCUCAGUUUAUAACAGAAGGUUUUACUAGUUAUUGCAAGAGGAAGAGAAGGGAUAAGGUAUAUGGUAACAAUGUGGAGAUUCAAGCUUUGUCCGAAAUGUACAACCGGCCUAUCCACAUUUAUUCCUAUAGCUCUGAGCCUAUUAACAUUUUCCAUGGGAGCUAUAAUACCGACACACCUCCAAUACGACUAAGUUACCAUCAUGGUAACCACUAUAACUCUCUUGUUGAUCCACGUCGAUUCACAGUUGGCGCUGGACUUGGUUUUAGCUCUCUGCAGGGGUCAAAUGUUGAUAAAAAUCAAGUCAAGGCAGUGAUCAAAGCUCAGCAAGACCAACAAAUUGAUAAUGCUCUUCUGGCCGAGGCGCGAUUUUACUCAGAUGUAGAGUUGACCGAGAAAGAACUUGAGUGCAUGGUUAUGGAAGCUUCAAGGGCUGAAUAUAUUGCUGCUAACGAGAGGUUCAAACAUCAACUGGGUCCCACAGAAUCAUCAUCGUCAUCCAGUUCUGGACCAUCAUCUUCUGCAGCCAGGGCAGACAGCAGGAAGGAACAAGAUAACGGGCUAAUCAGCAGCAGCAUGCAGAUGGUGCUGUCGAUGGGGUUCAGCUACGCGCAGGCGAUUGAGGCUUACAGCAUAUUCGGCGAUGAUGUUGAUUCAAUGGUUUGUUAUCUUUUGGAAAUUAACAGCAGCCGUAAAGGCAAGGCCGCCCGCGCGGCAGUUAUUACCACCCCCACUGAAAAAAGAAGCAACAACUAAAAUGGUGGGUGGACAUGUGAUGGAAUAUGGAUGCUGCUACUGCUUUUUCUUAUCUUACUUUUAUUGAAUCUUAAGUUAUCAUAAAGUGAGAAAACGAAUCUUGUUCUUUAAUGAAUCUUAUGAUAUCUCUCAUCUUUUUUUUUUCUUUUUGCCAUGUGGCGUUUGCUUUGCUUUUUAUUGGAUCUUGAUGGCGAUACCUACUCAUUUUUGUGUUUUAUGACAAGAUCAAAGUAUAAAGUA